AUGUCCAAACCCAUAAUAGCGGCCUUCCACGGCGGCGGCUCCAACGCCUCCAUAUAUGAAAUCCAGUGCUCGUUCCUAACCAGCCUGCUCUCCGACACAUUCCGCCUCGAGUUCUUCGACGGGCCAUUUGAGCGCUCUGCGGGCCCGGGUGUCCUGCCCGCAUUCGACGGGUACGCGCCGUACAAAUCGUGGUUCCACCCUGAGACCAACGCGGGCGAUGGGAGUGGGUUUGAUAACAAGGGGAGCGAUGGUGUGGCGAGGGUUUGGAGGCUUAUGCAGGAGAGGGUUCCGGGUGGGAAUUGGGUGGGCGUUAUUGGGUUUAGUCAGGGGAGUAGAGUUGUUGGGGGGUUGUUGUUGGAUCAGCAGAGGAGAGAGACAGCGGGGGAGGGGGUUCCGUGGGGGAUUAAGCUGAAGUUUGGCGUUUGUUGUAUGGGGGGUGGGGCGCCGAUGGAGGGGGAGAUUGGGUUCAAAAUGGAAAAGCCAGACACAGUCAUCCGGAUCCCGACGCUGCAUCUCCACGGACUGAAAGACGAGUUCCUGCCGCUGGGACGCGAACAGCUGGCCAACUACUACGACGCCGAGAGCGCCACGCUGUACGAGAUCAACUACCACCAUGCGAUGCCGUGGGUCAAGGCCGAGUCGGAGGAGUUGGCGAGGCGGAUUAAGGAGUUAUAUAACAAGACGAAGUAG